AUGCCGACUGGUGAUGAGUCAUCCAGCGGCCUCAGUCCCAGGACAGAACAGGCGGCCCCUCCCCCUCGCGGGGUCUUCCCUCCUCAUGAGCUCCCCCCUCCACAGGUGGUCAUCCGGGGGAGCGUCCAGGGGGGCACCGGUCGUCUUGCCGCCCGUCACUUACCUUUGACUCUGUCCGUGGUGCUGAUGCUGCUGUCGUCGUGGGAGUCUCGCUGA